AUGUCGAUCCUGCAGUUUUACAACACUCCCUACGGCUAUCGUCAAGGUGUGCUUAUCGACGCGGAAGAACUGAGGCAGAUGAGGGCAGAAAACGCAGACCUCAAGCUCAAGUUGGCCCAGGAGAAACGCCUUGUCAAAGAAGCCAACGGACUACUGGACAGGCAAGAGUCUCAGCUCGAACGCUUGAAGCAGCAGAAGGCGAACUUCGAGCACCACCUCAAGUUGAACUCUGCGGCGUGUGAAGCUAAGAUCGAAGAGCUCACAGAGCAUUUCACGUUCAGGAAGGCUGCUAUCAUCAGAGGUCAGGAGCAGCAACUUCAAGCUCUCCAGGCGCGUGUUGUGGAGGUUGAAGAAGAGGUCGAGGAUCUCACGUCGAGAUUGUCCAAUGAGCAAGAUGCGUCGGCUCUCAUCAAGCAGCACCUCAACGACCAGCAGGCUCGUGUCCUGCAGCUUGAGCGCGAGACCGGUGAAGCCAGGGUGGCAGUGCAAAUCGAACAAAAUCCCUCAGCUUCGGCGGUCCAGCAAUUCAACGACCAACAUCAUCGCGUCCUUGAACUGGAGCAGGAACUCAACGAACUGCGUACCCAGCCUUUCCCACCUGGCCAGUGGGAGGCAAUCCAGAAUCAUGUUGCUCAACUUCACGCCAAUGACACCGCCGAGCGAGAGUUACCGUUGCGGCUGGAAGUCGAGAGGUUGAGGAACGAGUUGGAGGAGAUGAGGGCGAACGUGGCCGGAGCGGACCCUCUGAUUGAUUGGACAGAUCAUGACGAGCAGAUGUGA